GUACAUUCUGUUGAGAGUUGAUUCGAUUCCCGUAAAGAUUGGGCUUCAUUUCAUAAAAUCAUUUUUAUCUUUUUGUCAUAAAAUCCUCAACUGUUUACUUGUGUCUGGCUUUUAUCCUGUUUAGUUAGUGCCAUCUUGUAAAUAUAAUGUAGUGUUUUGGACUAUUUUUUGUAUGAAAAUUAAUUUGAAGUGAGUUUCAUCCACGUUUUUAUUUUGAUUGGUUUCUUAUACAGCUUUCACAAAAGUGAUAUUUGCAGUGAAGCAACUUUUCGACUUUUUUCUCCGAUAUCACUCCAUCCCCUGAGUUAGCUCUUCAAAUUCUCCAAGUAGCAUAUUACUUUAAAGCAAGUGACAUAUUACUUGAAAUAACCAUCAGUCGGUCAUCAUCAACAUAAAGCCUGGCACGAAUGUGCUUUGGCCAAAGUUGUCAUACUAUAUAAGCAAGACGAGAUGAAACUAACUGGACAAAUGGCGGAAAUGAUCGAAAUAAUGUUUGAGUAUUGAAAAUCUGGUUAAAAAUGACAGUAGAAAGGUAUGUAUGGGAAAGAACUAGAGUUUUAACGAUUAAGACAAUAAGGAGUAAUAGCAUCUGUGUCAUUGUGACUGAUUCUGAGCCGUCUCCCAAAGUCUUAAGCGAGUGAUCACAGUUAUUUCCCUUACUCCAAGGUAUUCUGCAUCAACCGCCAUGAUUCAGAUCAAUAGUCAACAACGUUAUGCACUGAUGUUGUAAAUAUCUCGAAAGUAAACUCAGCUGCAGUGAGUUAGUUAUGUUUUUAAUGUUUGGAAUUCAAGUUUAUGCAGCUGCAACUAUGAUACAAAGCCCAGUACUUGAUUUUAGGUUUCGAGUCAAGCAUGAUGAAGUCCUACCAUGGUGAUAACAUGGUAUCUCAAUGGUAUCCAUUAGCACUAGAAUGUCCAUUUAUCACUAAUUUUGCUGUUAUUAUCACUUUGUUGAGUAUUUUGUUGUGGUUAGUGUUAUUGACAUUCUUCAAUUGUAUGUCAUGUUAAAAAUGUUUAAUUCGCACAUUAUUGGUUGUUUUUUAAUUAUCGUUCACCCUUGCUCAGGUUUUCCAUCAAUGUUCAAAUGGUAUUUUGUGGACUAUGCUGAACAACCUAUGGAAAAAGUACAUAAUCAAGAUAAAAUGUGAGAAAAAUAUUACUACGGAACAACCUAACACUCCAUCAGUUAUAUAUCUUUGUCGUAUUUGUUCCGGUUUUCGAACAGAUAAUGAAUCUUUAGUUGAAACUCACCUUAUUGAUAGACACCAGAUUCAGAGUAAAAUGUAUUCUGAACUAUGUUCAUGUGAUGACUCAAACGAUUCCAAUCAAAUUGGUCUGCAGUCAGCAUUAACCACUGAUAAUUCAACCUUCACUGCUUCCGAUACUAAAGAAGAUCACACUUCAGACAUUUUAAACACUUUGUAUUGCCAAACAUCUUAUGCAUCAAAAUCUCCAACAAAUGUAGAUGAAGCUUCUCCUGUUACCAACGAUAUAAAUUCAGUUGAUUCAAUCAGUCCCCCACAGUCACCAGUUUCCCCUGUUUUAAGAGAAUUGAACAGCACACGUAAAAAGAUUACAAUAACUUUAAACAGCUCACCACCACUACCUACAACGGCACCGAAUGUUUCAGAACUUCAAAAUCCAGAAAAACCUGUGGGUAUAUCCUGUGGGGACGAUGAAUCUACUUCGUCUUUAGUAUAUGGAGCGUUCUUAUCCACAUCUAAUUCACCCAAAGAUCCAACAAACUCUUCCUUGAAGCAUAAAUGUCCUGAUUGUAACCGUUGUUUUAGUAGUUAUAAAGCAUUUGAACGUCACACACUUCGAUCGCAUGCACCAGCUCAUCAGUCUGAAAAACCAGUUGAUUUAGAUGACCAUUCACCUGAGAAAUAUUCAUCCACUACUGUAACCUGUGAAUUUAUGUGCUCUCAGUGCGAUCGUAGUUUUGCUACCAGUCAGGCAUACAAAAUCCAUGCAAGAGCGCAUAAAUCAAACAAAAAGUCCACACGAUCUAACGAUACAGUUAAUAGUUAUAGGAACGAUUUACUUGAUAGUAAUAAUAAUAAUCAUCGUAAAGAAAACAUUAUUGAAUCGCGAUAUCGUACAAUUCUACCUAAACCGUGUAAUAAGCAAUCAUCUAUGCAGUUUUCAUUGCUGGAUCUAAAACCAAAACGUCGAAAUGCUCGUCGUCAGACCAACAGUUUAUUCUCAUCUGAACAAAAUUCAUUGGCAAGAAAAGUCAAUAAGAAUGAUGUUGGUAAUAAUUCUUCUAUUGGACUAUACAAAUAUUCAUCAAAUUAUACGUCGAACGGGAAUCUGCAUAUUCAUCCAAAUUCAGCCAACAUUGUUCUUCACUCUGCAAAUAAUAAUCCUGAUAACCAAAAUAAUGGUAUGAAUAUCGAUAAUCAUGUAAUUUAUGAUUCUAUGGUCAACACAAGUGAUACAGUGAAUAAACCACCGCAUUUACUCACUGUUGCAGCAGCUUACGCCUCCCAGAUUUCUUUCAGUACAUGUAACAGUAGUGAUACGUCACAAAAUUUACCAAAUGAUUCUUCUAUUCCCGGUGUUCAAGUCUACCCUGUUCCAUGGUCGUCUGAUGCACAGAAUUCUAGUCUAGUAUCUACUAAUUCCCUAAUAUCUAAUGUUGUAGUUAAUUCAUCAAUAGAAAAUCCAGUUUCUUGUUGUUCAGACAAUCAGCUACAUACAACUAAAACUAUAACUACAAAUUGUGACUUGUCAUUUAGUCAUGAAUCUUUAACACCGUAUUCUUUUAUUCAACUAUAUCCUGUUAUGAGUUCCGAUGGUAUAUUAUAUUAUAUGACAGGUACACCAGUUGAGCUAACUCAAACAAAUAAUAAUUCCAAUGAAAUAAAUUUUAAUCAUAGUAUCAUGCCUGCUAAUUGUGAAUCCAAUUACGAAUAUACAACAGAUGAAAUUUGUUCAUCUAAUGAUAACAGAAAUGAGAAUAAAAACAAUGAUCAUAUUCAAAUGAAUUCUUCAAUAUCCCAGAAUUUUCCCGGGACUGAUAUUGAUUCUGCAUUGCUAGCAAACGAUAUAACUUCAUGUGCUUAUAUUGUGAAUAAUAACAGUACCAGUAAAAGUAGUGAGGGAACUGUAUACUUCUCUUCACAUUAUGAUGGUAUAUCAACAAGCUGUCAACCAGUUUCAGAUUACUUGUCAAAUGAUGUUGAAGUGAUCGAUUUAAAUAUUCCUGUUACUGUUGUUCAUUUGGAUCAAAAUCAUAUUUCCGCUGACUCCCAACUGUCUACAACCGUUUACGAUAUGGAUUCUGUGCCUAAUCAAGAUUUUCCUCUGUCGUAUUCUAAUUCAAAAGCCACAGAUCAAGGGAAAUUAUCUGAACAACUAUCAUUGGCAGUUAGUUGUGAUAAAGAUCAAAACAAUCUUGAUGAUAGUAAUAAUGAUGUUAAUGAACAAUCGAUAUGUGAGACGACAACAAAAGUUGAAGUUCCGGAUUCGCACUCAUCGGAGUUGGUGAAUACACAAGUUUCAAAAGAAUCUCAUCUUUCUAUAUUUAAUGCCUCCGAUGCUUCUCAAAUGAAUAAUAGUAAUAGUGAUAAAAUCGACUAUGAGAGCAUUAAUUGUAUAAAGGAAUAUUUAAAUUUUAAUAAAACCAUUACGGAAUCACUAAAUAACAAUACAAUAUCCACAUUACAAAACUUCAUUGAAUAAUAACUUAAAUAAUAACACUUGACCUUUAACAAAUCUUUAUCACACUUAUUCGUCAUUAUCCAGUUCUGUCUAAUCGUUUAUCAACCUCCGCUUAAGUUGUUUACAAUUUUUCCUCAUAUAUAUAUAUAUAUGUCUAACUGUUAUGUACAUAAUUGUAAUCUUAGUAUUCACACGAAGCUUAUUGUAACUAUAUUCUGUUAUAGUGUCUUUUUCUUUUUGCAUUCAUUUCAUUUCUUACUUUAUUGACUUGUUAAAUAGGUUAUUGUUUAAUUUAUCUCAAGUGUAUUUAUUUUCAUUUGUUUAAAUUAUUCAAUGCAAUCUAUCCAUCUGUCAUGCCAUACAAAAACUGUGUAUAUUCACUCAUUUGUAAAUAAUUAAAAGAAAAACUUAAUUAUUAAUUGAAUUGCAUUUCUUGAAAUAACUAAUUAUAUUUAAAAUACAAUCAUUUUGUUAAUAUGUAUCAAUCAUUAAUUUCUGAUAAAUUUAUUUUUUAUUUUCACAUUUCCAAAUUAUUAUUAUUAUCUUGAUUAUUAUAUCGUUGUUGAUAUCUUGUUUUUGUAUGUUUUUUUUAAUUUGUUAAAACAACUAUGAUUUUGUCUUUGUAUUCUCAGUGAAGUGAUUGUUUAUCGUAUAUCAAAUGUCGAUCAGUCAUUAUUAUUAUUAUUAUUAUUAUUAUUAUUAUUAUUAUUAUUAUUAUUUCAAACAAAUAGACCUGUGUAACAAUGUUUCAGUAUUUUGUUCCAUUUCGAUUAAAAUUACAAUCUCUAUAUUUCCUUGCUUUCUUUAUUUUCAUUUCAGUUUAAACUUUAUUUUGUGUUAUUUUCUUGGAUAAUUCUAUCACUGUUCGUUUUUUUAUUUAUUAAAAGUAAACUGAAAGAAUUGUACUAAAAAAAUAGUUAAAUUUUCUAUAAGUAAAAGUCGCACCCACUUAUGGAUAAAAUAAACACAAUUUUUGUUUGUUCGAAUAUUUUGUUGUUUUUUGCAUUGGCUACAUCUAUACCAAACUAAAUGUAAGCAUUAUCAUUAAUAUAGUUGUUUUCAUCGUGUAUGGCCUGUAUAAAAUUUAUUAAAUUAUAUUAUACUUUGUAUUUUGUCUGUCGAUUGUUUUUUUUGUAAGCGAUCCCUUUAUUAUCAAAAUAUAUUGUUGUCUUGUAAACCACUUAAUUGUUAGGGUUCUGAUUAUAAAUCUGUUUUCCAUUUGAUCAUAAAUCAGCGAAAUUUAAUUUUAAUGAUAGGUCAUUUUCUUUUUCUUCUAAAUUACAUAUAUUGAUUCAUAUAACAUUUAAUGCGAUAGCUGUUUGUUAUAUCCUAUAUCUAGUACUGCUUGCAUCCUGAUUCAAUAUCUUUAAAAACUUGAUGUUAUUACUUCUUUGAAACACCCGAGAUAUUUCAGUACUA